AAUUCUCCGUACAUUGAUGUAUUAGCUGUUGAGGACGAGAUGUCUUCUUCUCCUCGCCACCGCUGCCGCCUGCUGCUGCUCUUCUGGAUCCUGCUGGUUCAGUUUCCUCAGGCUCAGUCCAGACCGGCCACCGAGGACACCGACACCGACACCGCGUUGGCGCCUCAGUGGCUAACGCCGGAGAAGAUGGAGAAGCGGUCUGUCGUCGUUCCUGCCAGCAAGACCAUAAAGUUUCGGUGCCAAGCGUCAGGAAACCCCGUCCCCUCCCUGCGCUGGUACAAGAACGGCAAAGAGUUCAGGAAGGAUCAGAGGAUCGGAGGGUUCAAGAUCAGAGACCACAUGUGGACUCUCAUCAUGGAGUCAGUGGUCCCGUCUGAUAAAGGCAACUACACCUGUGUGGUGGAGAAUGAAUACGGGAGCCUGAAACACACCUAUCAGCUGGAUGUCGUAGAGCACUCUCCUCACAGACCCAUCCUGCAGGCGGGUCUGCCGGCCAACCAAACGGCCGUAGUCGGCAGUAACGUGGAGUUUGUGUGUCGAGUGUUCAGCCACCCGCAGCCUCACAUCCAGUGGCUCAAACACAUCACCGUCAACGGCAGCCGGGUCGGACCGGACGGACACCCGUAUGUCCGUGUGCUGAAGACUGCAGGUUUGAACACGACGGAUAAAGAAACAGACGUUUUGACUCUGAGGAAUGUGACGCUGGAGGAUUCAGGAGAGUACACCUGCCUGGCCGGAAACUCCAUCGGCUUCUCAUAUCACUCCGCCUGGCUGGCUGUGGUCAACGACCCGCCUCCCGCCCCGCUGCCUUCACAGACAUACCUGGAAAUCUUCAUCUACUGCCUGGGCUUCUUCAUCAUCAUCAUCCUCACCGCCACCGCCAUCAUCUGCAGACUUUGCUGCACGCCGAAGAAGAGCGACUUCCACAGCCAGCUAGCGGUGCAGAAACUAGCCAAAAGCAUUCCUCUGAGGAGACAGGUGUCGGUGGAGUCAUCGUCUUCGCUGCAGUCCAGGAUGUGUCUGAUGCGUCAGUCUCGUCUCUCCAGCGCCGGCACCACCAUCCUGGCAGGAGUGUCGGAGUACGAGCUGCCCUACGAUCCUCUGUGGGAGCUGCCGAGAGACAGGCUGACUCUGGGGAAACCUCUGGGAGAAGGCUGCUUCGGUCAGGUGAUGCUGGCCGAGGCCGUCGGCGUCGAUAAAAACAAACCCACACGCCUCUCCAAGGUAGCCGUGAAGAUGCUUAAAGCGGACGCCACAGAGAAGGAUCUGUCUGAUCUGAUCUCUGAGAUGGAGAUGAUGAAGAUGAUCGGCAAACACAAGAACAUCAUCAACCUGCUGGGCGCCUGCACGCAGGACGGUCCUCUGUACGUGGUGGUGGAGUACGCCUCUCAGGGGAAUCUGAGGGAGUUCCUCCGCGCUCGCCGACCCGCCGGGUUGGAGUACUGGAGCGGCCCGAGGCAGGUGACUCAGGACAGUCUGGAGAUCAGAGAGCUGGUGUCCGCUGCGUACCAGGUGUCCAGAGGAAUGGCGUACCUGGCCUCCAGGAAGUGUAUUCACAGAGAUCUGGCGGCGAGGAACGUGCUGGUCACUGAAGAUAACGUGAUGAAGAUAGCCGACUUCGGUCUGGCCCGAGACAUCCACCACAUCGACUACUACAAGAAGACCACUAAUGGUCGACUGCCAGUGAAGUGGAUGGCGCCUGAAGCUUUAUUCGACCGAAUCUACACGCACCAAAGUGACGUUUGGUCAUUCGGAGUCUUACUUUGGGAAAUCUUCACGCUUGGCGGGUCUCCUUACCCCGGAGUCCCUGUGGAGGAGCUGUUCAAGCUGCUAAAGGAGGGACAUCGCAUGGAAAAACCCUCGGCCUGCACCCAGGAGCUGUACCUGAUGAUGAGAGACUGCUGGCACGCUGUCCCGUCUCGCAGACCAACUUUCCAACAGCUGGUAGAAGAUUUAGACCGCACGCUGUCUCUCAUGGCUAACCAGGAGUACCUGGACCUGGCCGUUCCUCUGGUCCAGUAUUCUCCCAUCGGCUCGUUGGCCUCUACAACAUACUCCACAUAAGCGCAGUGGGACGUUUUCCCUUCCUGGAUCACCUGCAUCCCGGUUUCCUCUGCUGCACGGCGGCGGUCUCAGACGACGACGACGAGGAGCUGAAGACAAGCUGCUUCACCGUCGUCCAUCACAGCAGCCUGAUGUGAGGAACAGCUGGACUCAGACUCCCCAGCUCGGCCUCAGGAAG